AUGUCGUCGGCGCAGCAAGACCCUCAGAGCGCAAAGGUUGCGAGCCUUCCGUCAAUCACAUUUCUCCCUUGUCCCGAUACCAACAACCAUCCCGAUUGGAAUAAGGCUCUGAACUCCCACGUCACGGGCAUAUGGCUACUCUUCCUUAAGAACUCCACCAGCUCAACCUCAGCCCGAGGUUGGGUAAUCGGACUCGUCACGGCAAGCGGUCAAGCCCUCCAUAUAUACCCCAAGCAGACGCCCUACUGCUCGACCACCGCUAUCAUCUGCACUCCGGCCUGCGGCGAAGCGGACUCGGUUCCCAGCAAGAGCUUCACGAAGAUGCUGGAAGCGUCCACCAAGCACUUCGCACGCGCGGCAAUGCCGGGCGCGAAGGUGGGGUACCUCUUGCUCACGCUGCAGCGUGCUGGUAUCAUGAACUACGGACUGAGAGAGGGACGAGGCACCCGUUUCUGGCUCUGCGCCGCCAUAUUUGUUCUGCGACAGUUUAUCAAGGAACCCAGGAGCUUCGACUUGUUCGGAGAUUGCGUCAUCGAGGAGAUGAGCCUGUGUUCGACCGACGACGAACAGCAGAAGAAGCAGGAAACCCAGGAAAAACAGAUCACAUCUGAUGAGAUCAAGAAGGGGCAGGCUGUGGUGCACAAGUGGUCAAAGCAGGGUAUUAAGGCGCUGAAGGAGUGCAACCAGAGAAUGGAACGGUUCGUGGAUCUGAUGAGAUUGGUAUAG